UCAUUCCUCUUCGGAGCCCGCGCCGCCAGUUAUAGCUCCGCCCACCACCGAAUCGGCAUGACAGAGGUCCCGCCCCCUUCUGGCCGUUGGGCCUAACAGCUGAGCUGUAAACUUUUCCCAUGGGGAGGCUGACCUUCCCCUCACCUCGCGUCACCUCUGCUGACGUGGAAAAAUGGACCCGAAGGGUGAGGCGAAGGAAGGAGAAAGAUGGAAAGAAAAUGAUUAUACACUUAUGGAGCUAUUUGUACAGACAUGUCCUUCGGUUUUGGGUAAAAUGGAUCUUGAGACAGCUUACUGGAAAAUGUGAACUGCAGCGUAUCUGUGAUGGUUCAAAGAAAAGUGCUGAAAGGACACUCAAAAUAGAGCAUUCACUGGAAUCAUCAAAGAGUAAGGUGUUACAAAGUGCUGUGAAUGCUUCUGAAGAUGAAGUGAAAAAAUAUGUAGAGCUCAUCAUGGAAGAAAAGAAGAUUGAUAUACAAAAGGAUACAGGGUUUGCCUUGAAGUUCCAGAUGUGUUUGGUGCAAAUAACUGGUUAUAAGAAGCUUUAUUUAGAUGUGGAAGAUCUGAGAAAACAUCCAUAUAACUCUAAUAAUACAGAGCAUGAGAAACAAUUAAUUGAGCUUUGGAAUUUGUUGAUGCCUCAUGAAAAACUGAAGGCUAGAAUCACGAAGCAGUGGUGUGACAUUGGUUUCCAAGGUGAUGAUCCUAAAACAGACUUCAGAGGAAUGGGCAUGCUGGGAUUAGUUAAUCUUCUAUAUUUCAGUAAACAUUAUACUCAUGAAGCGCGUCAAAUACUUGCGCAUUCAAAUCAUCCAAAACUGGGAUAUUCCUAUGCAAUAGUUGGGAUCAACUUGACAGAGAUGGCUUACAGUUUAUUAAAGAAUGGUGAUUUAAAAACUCAGUUCUACAACCUGGUUCCUUCUGUAGCACAAAUGAAUCACUUCCAUCGGUUCUACUGUUAUUUGGCAUAUGAGUUUGACAAAUUUUGGUUUGAAGAAAAACCAGAAAGUAUUAUGUACUUCAAUCAGUUCAGAGAAAAAUUUCAUGACAUAAUCAAAAGUCGCCUUCAGGAUUAUGACGCAGUUCUUGCCUUAUAGAAUGAAGAAUAGUGUUCAGACCUUUGGGUACUGUAUAUAAAAAUUAUGCACUUGAUUGGAAUCCUCAUUUUUAACCCCAAAUCUUCACUUAAUUAUCAAGUUUUAUAACCUUUAAAAAUCACUGGGGAAAGGUUGGACAAUCAACUUAUUUAGAACUGUAUGUAUUUGCUGAAGGAAAGACUUUAAAAUAUAAAGAUUUUCUCUGGAUCACAGGACUUCAUAACUUUUGUACACUUCUUCUGGCAGGAAGAUAAGACUGGUACUUGAGCUUUGUCAUAUUACCUAGUAAUAGCUGCUUUUCCAAAAAUGGCUUGUGAUUAGUUUAAAGCCAAAUGUUUUCAGAAUGGAAACACCUUUGGGUUUAGAUUUGUGUUCUGUUUAUGUUCUGUUUUUCUAAUAUGGGCCAUUCCUUUUUGUUGGAGAAAGAACACACAAGCAAAUUAAAUAAUUUGGGUGUGUUAAAAUCUUCACUUGGGGUUAACUGAAAUGGUUUCAUUAAAUUUAUAGAAAUAGGCAGCUAGAUCAUUAGAUGAAAGUAGCUGUCGGUAAAAGAAGUCUUUGCAUGCUACCAAUAAUAUUUUCAACUAAAAUAUUUAUUUUCAACUAAAUAUUUUUCUGUGUCAUAAAGCGUAUUUAAGGCUAUGCAACAGACUUUCUAUUUCAAUUAUUGGCUUAUUUUCUUUUUGUCUACCAACACACUCAUAGCUGGCAGAGAAGAUUGAGAAUCUUAGAGCUCAAAAUACUUAGGAGAUGAUAAAUAACUGGCCAAUUCACUGUCUUCUGUAUGUUUUUAUUAUGUAUUGGAGAAGGCAACGUGGGUGGCAUAUUUCUAGACAAUCGAGGCAGUAGGAUUUUAUAUCUAUGUCUAAAAUGUUUUGUGGUUUUUGGGGGGUGGGAAUUCAAAGCUUAAAUCUUCAAAGUGCCUUCUACUGACUACCGUUAAACCUCCUCCAUUUGGAAGUGGGCUGUGUCUUCUAUGGGACCGUUUUGAGUACACAGUGGCUCCUAGUUUAAGGGUUGAUACUGCAUGUUUAGCAAAAUACAUAAAUAUGGUUUAUCUUGCCACCUGAUCAUUGGCUAGAUAACUGUUCUUCAUUUGUGAUGUAAUUUAGAACAAGAAAUGGUCUAAAGGAAAACAAGAUUUUAAUUAACUGCUUGCUGACCCAUUAGCAGGGCAGUCAUUUAUUUACACUGCAAAUAUUAGCUGUGCCCUGCAACUUCUAGCUAGCACCUGACACAAUUUUUAACAAAAUAGGAAAACCUGAUCUAAUUAACAGUAAAGUUUAAUUUCUUAAUAAAGCUUCUCAAGGUCCUUUGGUGGAGCUGAGAGAGAAAAGAACUGGGAAUUCAUUGUCUUCAUCUGUUUUUGUAACUGUUCAAUAUUUGUUAUGGAAUAAAAGGCACUAAUUAUUACAAAA